CUUGUUUUCUCAAAUUCAUUGCCGAACGAUGAGCGGCCCAGUGCUCUUUCCUUUUCCACAGAGCUAGUUACUUGACUAAAAUAACUGUGCCGUUGAUAACAGCAUCAGUAAGCUGAUGGCUGCUGCCUCGGGAGAUGAUAAAGGCCUGCUUUCAGGAAAGUUUCAAUUAUGUUUUGUUUUUCCUGCAAGAAACAUUUCUCUCAAGUGCAUGCAAGACACUGAUGAAUUCCUUUCUGAUCUGAAUUCAGUGGAGCCCAAAGAAUACGCUCUAAGAAUGUACGACUCUGUCGGGAAACUUGGGAGCAAUAUUCUCCAUGGAAACGUGGACAGGCUGGGAUCUUACAGUGAGUGCCUCUCUACCCACAUUCCCUCGGGGAACUUCCAAGGGCAGUACUGCAAGAUUCACAUCCUGCAGGAUGGCGCUGACUACAGUGUGGGCGUGUGCGUCCCCAAUUCUUGUGCUGAAGAGGAUGUGACUGUCAUGUCUCAGCUGGAUAUUUUAAGAUUCAGAGAUGCUUCAUUUUUGGCUCCUCCUCUUUCUCUCUUUACAAUGAAUUCUUCCUCUUCGUCUGGUGGGAGUGUGGCCACCUGUGCUACUGGAAGGUUCCACGUCGACACGUUUGUUGCCGUGUGUCUCUUCCUCACCCUCCUCGGCCUCGUUCUUCCUCUGGCUGGAACUCUGUACGUGGCGGCCAGGGGGUGGGGGUCGGACCACAGGGCGUCCCCUGCACACGAGACACCUUCGGCUCUUUACGGGAGUCUGCCUUUGAGAGAGCUGGAGAGGAGUGAACAAAGCCACAGAAUCCGAUGGAUGCGUUGCCUGGCCCAUCUCUCAUUGUCAGGAACCCCGGGCAGAGGAAAAAGAUUUCUUGGAGCCGCGGACCGUGCCCUGAAAUGCUUUUCUUGGCAGAAGAAUGUGCCGGCCAUCUGGACGACCACGAUGCCAGGAGGCACAUGCUCUGCGCUGAAUGGCGUCCGAGUCCUGAGUCUCCUCUGGAUCAUGUCUGGGCACACGAGUCAGAUGACUGCAUGGCUGUCUUUGGAUAAUGUGCUUGAAUGGAAAACCAGAGUGCUGAAAAACCCACUGUACCUGUAUUCUCGGAGCGGCCCAUUCUAUCUCGGGGUUGACACAUUUUUCCUGAUCAGUGGCUGGUUAAGUGCAAGGUCAUUGUUAAAGAUGCAACAGACUUCAGAAAAAGGAUUAACUGCUAAGGUCAUACUCAGAUACUAUUUCACUCGCCUUACGAGGUUGCAGCCUCUUCACAUGUAUUCUGUGUGCUUGUUGGUUGCAUUGUUCUCCCUUGCUCCCUGGGGACCCGUCUGGGAAGUGCCCAAGUUCCACCUGGACAAUUGCCGGCAAGCGUGGUGGACGAAUUUGCUGCUGCUGAAUAAUUUUCUGUCGGUCCGGAAUUCGUGCAACGGCUGGACGUGGUACCUUGCGAAUGACUUUCAGUUCCAUCUCACAACACCAGCGAUCCUCUUGGUCCAUGGAAAAAGUAAACAUGUCGUUGUUCUCCUCGGGGCUGUGCUGUUCUUGGCAUCGUUCACUGCCACUGCUCUGCUCACAGUGGCUCAUGACCUUCCCGUGCCAGAUCCGUCAGAAGCCAGUGAGAAUGCGACUGCAUUGUAUUUCUUGGAGUACUACACUAAGCCCUACUGCCGAUUCGGGCCGUUCCUUGUGGGCCUCUUUCUGAGCAUUUUCAUGCACCAAAACCACCAGGCAAACAUUCUCAAAACCAAGGCACAGGCUCUGCUGGGGUGGAUUUGCUCCCUGUCAAUCAUGUUUGCAGUGGUCGCUCUGGCCUACACAGUGGAUGACACCUCUGUCACCCCCUCAGCUGCCGCUGCUCUCUACCAGGCCCUCCACCGGACCCUGUGGGCAGCGGCGGUCGGCUGGGUCGUGUUUGCAUGUCAGGAAGGCUAUGGAGGUUUGGUAAACCGGCUGCUUUCUUGCGGUAUGUGGACUUUCCUGGCCGGCAUCAGUUAUGCUUGCUACUUGGUGCAUCCUACCCUCAUCAUCCUCUACAAUGGACUUCAGGAAACGCUUAUUCACUACACCGACACCAACAUGUUCUAUCUCUUCUCCGGACACUGUUUGCUGACCUUCAUCGCUGGGCUGGGCCUCACACUCUUCAUUGAGAAACCAUGUCAGGAACUGAAGCGGUGCCUUCUGGGAUCAAUGCCUGCAGGGCCAGGAACAUUCUAGUAAAACCCAAAAGAAUGGAUGGCCCUUUAUUGGUGGUGACGGACAGACGUAGGGGUGGCCUCAUUUAUGUAAUGAAUGCUUGUGUUCCUGAAAAGGGGUGUGAUUCUGAUUCUGUGAAUGUCUACAAUAUGUAAGUUUCCUUGUUUAAUAUAUAAAAGAGUUCUAGGGUAAUCUUUUUAGUAGCAUAAUAUCACCCUCUGAUGUACUUUUUAGCAAAAAAAAAAUUCAGGAUAUUUUUGAUCUGCUUCUGUAUUUAUUUUCUAUAUCAAUGAUCACAGGAAAACAUCAAAUGUAGUAAAUUUAAUGUAAUUUGGGUUAAAAUGCUGACUUUCCUUAUUAAAAUUACAGUAUGUAGUUUUCCUCACCAUAAUGUAUUUAUGUUAUUAUAAUACCUUUGUAGACUCGUAACUUUGUCUUGAACACUCAGGGUGGUAUAACUCACUAGCGUGUGCAAUUAUGGCUUUGUUGUUACCAACCAUCUAAACAUUAUCUUUUCUACAACGUGGUCCCCGUUAUGGGUUAUGUUGUAUCUCCCCCAAAAGAUACGAAGUCCUAAUCCUCCUAGCGCUUUAGGAUGUGUCCUUAUUUGGAGAGAGGGUCUUUACAGAGGUGAUCAAAUUAAAAUGAGGCCAUGGGUGUGUGUGUGUGGCCCUAAUCCAAUACGUCUCAUGUCCUUAUAAAAAGGGGAAAUCUGGACACAGUGACAGAUAUGCACAGAAGGGAGAACAUGUGAAGGCACACAGAGGGAAGAUGGAGCACCCAGGAUGGCGGGCAAACCCCAGA